UACAAGGCUACUCUCUUGAUAGUGGUCCAGACGUCGUAUUCGGGUACUCGAUGCACAUCUUGCCGAUGAUCGGAGCAGCAGCCUCUCUCGUUGACGACUUCUUCCAAACAGCAAUCACGCCGGAGCACUUUGUCUCGUCUCGAUGUUAUGUACUAGAGAAACUUGAAUCAGCCUGCCGAGAUCUUCCGCCUCCCCAGCAACAACCAGAUCCAGAAACUGAUCCAUCGGCCCCAUCAACAAGUCUCAAAAUCCGAGAUGCUAAUGCCUGCAUUGCUGCAGCCCUGGCCCACAGCCUAGCAACGCAAAUCUUCCUGCUUCGCGCAGACGAGGGUGACUCUAGUACCGUCAGAGCCGAGCGUCCGACAAAACAUCCCUUGGCGUUGGUCGAGCAGCUAUCCGAAGCCGUUGCCGCUGUCCCGCUCGACACGCAUGCGGCGACCAUGAUGGUUUGGCCCGCGUUUGUCCUCGGCUGCGAGAGCAUGGCGGUGAGCGCACGGCGAUAUGAGGUAGAAGCUCUGUUUGAGAAGAUCGUCGACAAGCAGAAACUUCUCAACAUCUCGGUGGCGCUCAAGAUGCUGCGGGAAAAUGUUUGGACGGGCGGUGUGGCAUACAUUGUGAGCCCUGCGAGGAGUUUGUCUCCUGCAGAAGAGCCAUGUCGAUAUACGCAAAAUCAGUGGGUGAAGAUGUGUUGGAAAGAGCGGCUGCAGCUUUGUUCGGCAUAGGAAACCUACAUGUACGUUACAAGUUUGCAAUGACCGCAGAUCUCACGACUGCGUUCGAAGGAUCAAUACCUACAUGUACUCGUACGAGAUAUGAGCUAGAAGACAGCAGGCGAUGAUGGACAUUUGGUUAAUGAU